AUGACUGGAAAGCAGCAGACGAGCGACGUCCGUCCGCGCGUCGACGCGUCCGGCACACGUCUCCCGUCUUUUCGUGCUUCGAGCGACGCAGCCACAGCCAGUGGCUCGACGCGACGGCCCAAGUUCGUGCCAAAAGCGGCUAAACGUCGUACCGCGCUGGAAACCGGACGCGAAGAGGACGUCGGUGUUGGCGCCCAGCGCUCGUACGAUGCAAAGCCGCACUCGAUCGGCGCAGGAGCGCUUCGACACGACGAUCGGGGACGCAGGGAAGGCAGAGGCCCAGGUCGUGGAGGUGGUCGUGGACGAGGUCGUGGACGGGGACGGGGCUUCUUGCCAAGUGGUAAAGUUGCGUUCGUCGGCACGCUCUCGAGUGGGUCGUCGUACGGUGGAGGCAGCAACACACCCGCUCCACGAACGACGUCGGCGUAUGCCGAUUACUCAGCUGCAGGUGGCACCGGUAUUAGUGUACUGGAUGAAGCAGAGAUGCCCGGCGGCAAGGUGGCGAUCGUCGAAGAAGAGCAGGUGUGGCCGCCAGUAAUCAAGUCGGUCAUGGAGCCCAUGAGUUUACCGAUCGUGCGACCGCCGGAACCGGAGAGUGCUGGCGCUAUCUUUUGCGGCCCAAGCGGCGACUUGGUGGCGAUGGAUGAUUCGCUGUUUUUCAUUCAGCUGCCGACGACGUUGCCACUGUCAAGUGUUGUGACCAAAGUUACUAAAGCUGAUGAAGACGAUCCGAUGGACGGUGCGGAAGAUGCAAAAGAGCAGGAAACGAAGAAGACGAAGGAGAACGCAAGCUCGGACGAGUCUCCUGACGACGGAGUGUUUGACCACUCGAUUGAGACUGCGCCGGGCGGAUAUAUUGGCAAGAUCUGCGUGCACAAGUCGGGCAAGAUGGUGCUAAUGCUCGGCGACAAGCAGUUUGAUGUAGCAGCGGCCCAGACGCCGUCUUUUUGUGAAGAGAUUUAUGCCGUGAACACGAGUGAGAAGCAGUUGAGCAUUCUGGGCAACGUGGAGCGCCAUCUCGUUGUGACCCCGGACUUUGACGUGCUGCUGCAUUAG